AUUAGAUCCAGUAAUCCCUCUCUAUAAAUACAAAGCAAAUAAGUUUCAUUCUAGUCAAUACAGACUUGGGUUUAGAUUCUUCAUUACAUCAAAAAGAGAGAAAUCCUGAAUUUAGUGUGAGGUUCUACAAGUAUUAAUUGUUUUGACAUGGCUGAAUUGAAACUCAUAGCCUCUUCACUUAGCGUUUUCUGCGCAAGGAUUGAAUGGGCUCUGAAGCUUAAAGGUGUGGGAUAUGAAUACCUUGAAGAAGAUUUAAGAAACAAGAGUCCUCUUCUUCUUACCCACAACCCUGUCCAUAAGAAAGUCCCUGUUCUCCUUCAAAAUGGUAAACCGAUUGCCGAGUCUCUCAUCAUUCUUGAAUACAUUGAGGAGACAUGGAAGGACAGUCCCUUGCUUCCUGAAGAUCCAUAUGAGAAAGCCAUGGCUCGCUUUUGGGCAAAAUUUGCCGAUGAAAAGUGCUUGCAUGGUGCGUUUGAUGCUUGCCGUGCUGAAGGAGAUGAAAAAGAAAAAGCCAUAGAAUCUGCAGCAAAGUCUUUUGCAUUUCUUGAGAAGCAGCUUGAAGGGAAGAAAUAUUUUGGAGGGGAACAGAUAGGGUAUCUGGAUCUAGCCCUUGGUUGGAUACCUCAUUGGCUCAAUGUUAUGGAAGAAGUUGGAUGCAUGAAGUUGGUUGACACCCAGAGGACGCCACUGCUUCAUCAAUGGGGGCAAGAAUUCAUGGAAAUUCCGCUGAUCAAAGAAUGCCUUCCACCUAGAGAUAAACUGCUUGACCGCUUUACUGCUAGCAUCAAUUACCUGCGUUCCUUGGCAGCAAGCCAGCAAUGAGCUCUUGUUUACAUUCAUGCUUUACUCCAUUGCCAAGAACUAAAUAAUUGGAGAUGUUUUGGUUUACUAUUUGUUUCAGUUGUGUUCCAAACUAUGUUUUUCAGUAUGUCACCUAUAGCUGACAGAUAUGUAGUGAAACCAACUACCCAACUUUUGUUGUCAAGCUUAAAGGUGUAGAAUAUUCAAUUCACAUCAAAGAGUUGCUGGUUUUAGUUUCUGAGUUCAA